UCCAAACUUGAUCAGUAUGCACUCAAGGGGUCUGUGUCAGGGUCAGCAGCCAGAAGGGUAGUGUCUUCUCAUGGUGGGUUCUCAGGUAUGUCUACCAUGCCAUCUGGUGGGCAUGUCCAAGAUGAAAGGGGGAACUAUCCCAUUAGAAGAGACAGUGCUGUGCUGCAGGAGAUACAGUUGCCUUAUUAUAGGUCACCAAACCAGAUGGUGGGAAUCUUUGCUAAUUCUAUUUGCCAAACUAGGAACUGUGUUGAAGAUUAUGAUAAACCAAAAGAAGAUUUGGCAGAGCAAAGUUUAUAUCAAGUGGAGACUGUGGAAAAUACAUUAGGAAAAGUGGAUUAUAAUCUAAAACCAACUGUAAAUCCAGUUUCCAUUGGUUCUCCUCUACAAAUGGUACCUUUGUACAACUUCUCCAUUAAUGAAAAGCAUGAGACUUCACAAGAGGUUCCUGAAAACAGUUCUAACUCAUCUCAGGAGAGUAGAAUUUCUCUGAAUGCCAAUCAUCGAAGGCCAUUAAAAAGCAAACCGUUUACAGAUAUUGUUGCACAUCAGGAUUUUCAACUACCUUCAACACGUAAUACAACUGCCGAUAACCUCACAUAUUCAUUGCCAUUACCCCUUCAGAGUGCCCAGACAAUGUCAGAAACAUUAUGUCCUAAAUUGGUCGACAAGGGUAGAAGUGCAAAUGAGUUAAAUAAUCAAAACACUUCCCCUGUGCUGCAAAGAGAAAAGGGGGACAUGACAGACAUAUUUAAUCUUGGAACUCCAUCAGAUAGUUCUCUUACAGAUUAUAGUAUCUUCAGUGAGGAUGGCAGCAACAUGUCAAAGGACCCAGACCAUGAGGACUAGUAUGUGGAAUCUUGUUAUAGUGACUGCUCACAAUCACAAAAUGCAGAUAAUGUUGUUGAUAAUUUUGCUCCUUUAGAAGACGCCCCUGGAUUAACAAUUGGGACUUCAGGGUCUGGUUUCAACACUGACUCUCAGUCAGGUACAAGCCUUGGUAUUUUCGGAGGUGAGCUGAGUGAGAAGCCUACAGUUGGAGAGGAUUUAUUGCACGGAUUUCCUCAUCCAGAAGCAGUAGAAGACACAAUGAAGAAGCAAGUAAACACAAAUAGUCUUUUGAGGCCUGUUAAUUGUUUUAAGCAACCCUCUAUUGACAGAAUCUCAUUUAGGUAUCCUUCAUGUAUGCAUGGGCAAUUGUCUGCAUCAGAGAUGUUUGUAUCUGUGAAUCAAGGAAACUCUGCAAAUGAAAAUUAUCAGUAUUCAGCUGCUUCAAAAUGGUUAAAAUUUGGUGACGUGAAGGAUGAUAUAAAGGGGACUUGUUCAAAUUACUGUGGAAGAUUUGCGUCUCCUGCUACUUUCAGCAGCUUAUCACCAGGAACAGCACUGGACAAUGAACAAUCUACUUCUCAUGUAAAAAUAGCACCAUUUUCUCCAUUAGGUGAGAGUCAACAUUUCAGCAAUGGAAGUGAUAUUUGUGGCCUUUCAAAGGUCAAUAGUCAGACACAAAAUGCUUAUAAUUUUUAACCGGAAACUAUCAAACUGUGGCCAAGAAAUCAAACAUCAAGACCAGCAUUAGAAUCUCCAAGUACAUAAGCCAGGUCAUCGAGAGUUGGCACAACCUAGACCUAGAAAGGUUGGCAAGAGCACUUAAACCUCUAAGAAUAAUUGCACCAAAUGUAGCUAAUCAUGGUUACCGUAACAAGUAUCCCCAGAUGUCAGGUCUAAGAGAUUUGGAUCAUUCAACAAAAGCAAGUUGUCAUUCAAAAGAUAGGGAAUCUACUAAUGCACAUCAAAUUAAGGCUACCUCAAAGGGGGAAUCGAGGUUUCCAAGCAAGCAAGAAAUUGGAGAUGCUGACAUGGCGAGAAGGCUAGCAAGGAUACCAGUGAAAUUUGCCACUGUACAGCAGUACACGGAAUUGUUCGAAACUGCCCAAACAGAAGACAUUAACAUUCUCCUGAAUAGGGUCUCCAAAACUUACCACCAAGCUCUUGAGAGAAUGGCUAAACACAGUGAUGGAAAGAAAGGCCUUGUAAAGAGAACUACAUACAAACCACAAAGUUUAAAUCCCCUUUGCCACCAUGGUGUAACAUCCAAGAUUGAAGUGGUUAAAAAGGAUGGGAAGAAUAAGGGUCGAAAUUUUUUUGUGUGUAAUUUGCCACUUAAGCAGCAGUGUGAGUUCUUCCUGUGGUCAGAUGUGUACAGGACUGCAUGUAGACUUCUGACUGUAGAUGAUGCUGACAGCAGUGAAUCCUUAUGCAAGAGCUAUGGUGUAGAUUUCUUCAGUGAGUGUGAGUUUGGUACACGAAGAAUUAAAAACUGGAGGAUAUAUCAAAAAGGAUUUCCAAAAUGGGUAAGAAGGGGUUACCUUGAAGAUGAGAAGCUCACAGAGAGAAAGCUAUAUCUCCAGCUUAGAAAGUGGAAUUAUUCCUCAAAUUUUGCCAAAGGUGACUUGUGGAUGAUUUCAAAGACGAUGGACUUCUCACCAGAGUCCACCUUCCUGGCUUACAGUGUGUUUCAUGGUGUUGGCUCAACUGGAGAGCUAGAGAUAGAACCACUUAGAGGAUGCUUUCUGUCUGACUGGGAAGAUGAGACCUUGUGCUAUGCCAUCCGUGGUGCCAAUUUCAAGAAUGAAAUAGCAUGUCUUUACAACCUACAGAAAAAUGUCUGUCCACAGAAAGUGCCUAUACUGCCACAUUUAUUAAGCAGGGAUGCUGACAGCAUGGACAACCGAAAGAAGCAAAACAGAAGUUUUCUACUGACAAGGAGAGAAGUGGAAGAAUAUGCUGCAUUCUACAUCAAAAAGUAUGGUCUCAACACUGACCAGGCAGAAGCUCUAAUGAGUGUUUCAAAUCUAUUCACAGGUGGAGGACAUGUGCAUCUUAUCCAUGGUGCCUUUGGUUCGGGUAAAAGUUCCACUGUGGCAGUGAUAAUUGAGUUUUUAGUCCAACUGUUUAAGGAGAGUGAUCGCAGGUCUGUUCAACAAGGAUGGAAGAUCCUCAUCUCUUCUGCUACCAAUGUGGCUGUUGACAGGGUUUUGGAAGGACUGCUGGAACAUGGAUUUAAAGACUUUGUUCGAGUUGGAAGUGCUCCUGAAAUUUCUAAACGAGUGUUGCCAUACAGUGUACGUGCUACUGGUAGAAGGAAGGGAGAGUUAAGGAAGUUGGAACGGAUGUUGAAAAGGGCCAAGAAACCUUCAGAGAAACAAUAUCUCAAGGAGGCCAUACAGAAACAUGGAAUAAACAGAAGGAAAUUACUUUUUGCACGGGUUGUUGGCGCUACCUGUGCCACAUGUGGUGAAUCUUCUUUGAUGAAGGGCAUGAUCUUUCCUAUAUUAAUAUUGGAUGAAGCCAGUCAACUGACAGAGCCAGCUGCACUGAUUCCAAUGAAGUUUGGUUGUGAAAAAUCACUUAUGGUUGGAGAUACAAAACAACUAAACCCCAUAAUUCAAGGAUCAGCAGCCAGCAACGAAAAUGGACUAGAACAGACUAUGUUUGACAGGCUCAUGGCUAUGGGUCAUGAGCUUACAACGCUGCGUACACAGUAUAGAUGUCAUCCAAGGAUAAGUGCCAUGGCCAGUACCUUGUUCUAUGGUGGGUUGUUGAAGGAUGGAGUAUCUGAAAAAGACAGGGAACCUUUAAUGAAAUCCUGUCCACCUCUGUGCUUCAUUGAUGUCUCGAAAGGUCAGGAAGCUUGGAACAGACUGGGCAGCAUUUAUAACAAGGAGGAGGCGGCCUUUGUUGCAUCUCUUCUUAAGAAGCUGCUGUCUGAGGGCUUGAAGCCAGCACAAAUUGGGGUUAUUACACCUUUCAGGUCUCAGGUUGCUAAAAUUAAUAAGGAGAUUUUGUUGGCUAGCAGUGUUAAUGAGCCCAGUAAAAUCAGUGCUGUCCAGAUUUCCACAGUGGAUGCUUUUCAAGGAGGAGAGAAGGAUGUCAUCAUUCUAUCCUUUGUGAAAACUAACAACACAGCAUUCAUUGAUUGCAAAAAGAGAACCAAUGUUGCCUUGACCAGAGCUAAGCACCAUCUGCUGCUUGUAGGACAAAAGCAGAAUCUGGAAAGAAACCCAAUGUUUAAGGAGGUCAUCUUUUAUUGUGGAAGUGAUGUUGUAAAUGCCUCACAAUUUAUGAGAACAUUUCAACAACAAAAGACAUCAGAGGCAGAGAAAUCUCCAUCACAGAAACAAGGCUUCUCAUCUUGUGGUAUGCAGCAAAGCGGACAUACUGACAGUAGCAAAAGUCUUAUCUUGAAAGCAGAACAACAGUCACCAUCAAAUGUUUACAGUGAAAAUAUCACAGACAAAGGGCCCCAAGGGACAUUUUUGCCAGUUGUCCAAGCCUGGUGUGACACUCACAGUCCUGGUGAUGGAGCAUUUAAAGAGCCACCUUGCCAUGUUCCCAUGAGGUCACUUACAAGGCCCCGUAUAAUAGAUGAGAACAUAUUAAGUGACAGUGACACAGAAUCCUCAGACAAUGAAGACCUACCAGCAUUUUGAGACAUUUGUUAACUGUCCGUAUUGGUACCAAUACCAAGGUGGUCAGCACUGAGGAAUGUGAAUUUGAAGUGAGGGAAAAGGCCGUGGAUUUCAGCCUUUUGUUCUUUGUUUAUCUUGUGAUUUAUUAAAUUCAUCAACAACGUACCAGCCAAUGAGCAUCAUCUUUCUUAGGAUGAAAGAUUCAUUUUGUGUGACAAUACCAACUUCAGGAGCCGAUUUCUCAGUAUAGGCUUAAAGUGUGCAGGUGGUUCACUUAAAGCAGCAAACAAGUAACAAUGACCAAUUUACAUUGCCAGUAGCAUCGGGAAACCAGAUUCAACACACAACUUAGUUUUUGUCACAUGACCUAGAUAUCAUUUUAGGUCAUGGUCUUGACAUUGAUUUAGCCCAUGGCCUUGACCUCCACAUUCUAUUUAACUGCACUGAUCCAGUUUGGAACCACAGGAACUGGGUAUGCAAUCUUACUACUUGCUUGAUCUGUCUGCUCAACAUGUCACACAAUAGCCUCACUGGGACGCAGGUGCACCACAUAGCACUUUGACAUAAAAUUUUGUUUCUAGAAAUUGGUAAAGAUGGUUUGUUUACACAACAGACUUUGUGCUUCAAAGAAAGGAAAAAUUAACGCUUUUAUUUCUAAUCAAAAUUCCUCAAUAACACUUACUGUGAUUAAAAACUAUAUGCACAUACAUACCAUUAUUUAUAAAUAAGAGACAUACUGUGCUGAUAAUUUACCAAAACUGUUUACAUGUUGAUUAUGAAUCGUUUGUCUAAAGUAAGAUUGACUUCUCUUAAUUAUAUACUGCUUUCUUACUGUGUUGCAUAUUGAUAGUUAAG